ACGCACACACACACACACACGCACGCGCGCACACGCACACACGUGGGAGACCAAAACAUUGCAGAAUGGAGGAAACAGCCACGUGCUCACAGAAUCCCGAUAAAGGGAAAAGUCCCUCAAACACCUCUCGUCCUAAAUCCUCCAAGGUUUGGGAAUAUUUCUCCUUCAGUCCGGAACGGAAAGGCUUCGUUACCUGCGCUGUUUGUUUCAUGGAGUUGGCUUAUCACAGGAGCACAACAGCGAUGUGGCAGCACCUGAAGCGGAAGCACCCCCCUGCAGAAGGAGACAGUAACAGACCGGGUGUGUGGGAGAAGAAACAGCAAUCACAGCCGGAAGACGACACACCGAGGGAGGAGGCCGACGCAGUCCUCGUGGACCACGACUACGCUCCGCCUCCUCCACCUCUGGGUCCGGCUCUGAAUGACAUCGGGUCUCUCGGAGAGGAGAUCCAACGGCUGAGGGGACAAAUCGAGAAGGUCACCAUGAGGCAGCGGUUUGGCAUCCAUCGAUUUGCCGGCUCAGACGAGGACAUCCAGUUUUUCACGAGGUUUGCAUCCUAUGACCUCCUCAUGCGUUUCUGGGCCUUAAUAGAGCCCACGCUGCCGGCUAUGGUCAGUGUGACACAAGCACAGAGGGACACGUUCACAGAGCCAAGUGCCACUGCAACUCGUUCCCUGAAGCCCAUCGAUGAGAUGUUCAUGUUUCUCAACUUCCUUUCGCUGGGCUCGAAACGGUGUGACCUCGCAGACCGGUACGGAGUCCAGCAGUCCGCGGUCGGUCGGAUUAUCACGACGUGGAGCAACUUCUUGUACGCGGUGCUGGGCUCCGUGAGGAUCUGGAUACCAGCGGAGAAGAUACGGGAACAUUUACCUGCAGAGUUCGAGGACUACGCAGACACCAGAGUCGUCCUGCACUGCACGGCGCUCCGGUGUCGGGUCCCAUCGUCGCUUCUUCUCCAGGGCGAAGCUGCACACAGGUCCUACUGUACUCUCCGAGGGCUGCUUGGAGUCGCUCCUCACGGGGCGGUCACCUUCGUCUCGCCACUGUACGCCGGAUCUGUCAGUGACAAUCGGAUCAUGCGAGAGUCAGGAAUUCUCUCCCUUUUGAGACCCGGGAUGGCCAUCAUGGUCGACAGAGGCUUCCUCGUUGGUGACUCUGUGCCGUGUAAGAUCUACAAGGCGGCCUUUCUCUCUGGAAGAUCCCAAACGUCUGCCUGCGAGGUCAUGGAGACCCAGGCCGCCGCUCGCCUCAGGCUGCUCGUAGAGCGCCUCAUACGCCGGGUGAAGGAACACAAGUUCUUUGACACAGAGAUUCCAGUCUGGCUUUUUGGGAACGUUAACCAGCUGUAUGCUGUCGCAUGUCUCCUGACGAACUACGAAAACGAUCUACAUUAUAUCAACGGAGAGGAAAGGAAACAUAGAACAGAACUCAAGUAGAACAGAACCAGACUGUUACAGGAGAUGUUCGUCUACUUGGAGAGAGUCUAUAGCACGUUGGAGACGGCGUGGGGCAAUAAAUGUGGAUCGUUCUCACAUAUUUUAGAGCUGAAAAUUUACUUUUUUAGUAACGUUUUUCGUAAGGUUAUUGUCAAAAGUCCUGGCUGUGAUUAUAAGACCGCAGUUCCCAACCUUUUUCCUUAAGAGGACUCCUUUUCUACCAUUUAGUAAAUUGACGACAUCUUAUUAAAUUACAUAUUUUAUGUACAUUUCAUAUUAUAUUCAGAACUAUACAAUGAACCCAAACAGUGAACUCAGUAACUGCAGGAAGUUUGUGUAAAACCAGAGAUUUGGAAGAAGUCUGUAUUCUGUAUUUUUUAAUCAUUUUUUACAAUCAUAAUAGAUUUCUAUUUGGAGAAAGUCUGUUUUCUUCUCCCUUUUGUUCUGUUAGACACUUUAAUUUAAUUUGAUACCAGAUGCUGAGAUAUUGAAUUGUUGUGUGUACUUUUUUCUUACACCACUUAGAAUCAAGAAGGCCUCACAACCCCCCUGUGAAGCUUUGGCGACCCCUAGUGGGGGGCCUGACCCCCAGGUUGGGAAACACUGAGACUUCAUAAUAUAACAGGAGAUAAUGUGUCAAACUAUGUUUCAUCAGGAGUCACUAAUACCACCAAUAAGAAGGGUUAGAUUACCUUUGUUUCAACUCUGAAAAUAAAGUUCAAAAGGUUGAUUAUACUACAA